AUGACUAAGAUAACCAUUUUCGGCGCUGGCAUCACUGGAAUGUCAAUCGCCAGCCAACUGCCCAAAAACUAUGAGAUUACCAUAGUUGCACGGGAUCUUCCUGGCGAUGACCCAUCGCAAAGAUGGUGCAGCCCCUGGGCAUGCGCUGGCUGGGUGGCUCUCGGAGGCACCCCUCUUGAGCAGAAGAUGCAGCUCGACACUCUAGCCUAUUGUUCCAAGCUGGCCAAAACUAACCCUGAGUCCUCCAUCAGGUGCUCAGAACUCACAGACCUUUAUGAGGUUGGAGCCACUUCAGCCAAGGAGCUCUGGUAUCACGAGAUGGUUCCCGGAUAUCAGGAGCUGAAUCCAGCGCAGGUACCUAGUGGCCAGGCGGUUGAUUUGGCUGUGAAGUACAAUAGCUUCACCCUCACUCCAGCCGUCUUUCUUCCCUGGCUCCGGGGCCGUCUUGAGGCUACAGGGGUUGCAUUCCAGCGUAUUGAGACCAUCAGCUCACUUGGCGCGCUGUCCUAUCUUGGCCACGACAUUCUGAUCAAUGCGUCGGGCUUGGCCUCAAUAACUCUUGAGGAUGUGCAGGAUGAGAAGAUCAUCAUAGACCGUACAUAUACGGCAGUGGUGAAGUCUGAAUACCGCCAGAGUUUCGUUCGCCGCGGGGCGAAUGGCUAUACCUACAUAUUUGGUCGCCACGAUGGCACUGCAGUUCUUGGAGGCAUCUCGGAGCCUGUUAGCAAUGAGAGAAGAUUGACGGAAUUCACACGUACAGAGCUAGUUCGGUUGGCGCACGCAGGUUUACCUAAUGAUUUUCCUUCCGGUGAGGUUAGCGACUACACUUUCGUCACGGACCUCGAAGGGAUCCGACCAUUGAGACUACCUGAAGUGAGAGUGGAGAAGGAGGUGAUCAAUGGGCAGAAGACGAUCCACGCCUACGGGGUUACUGCCGGCGGUUACAUCUAUAGUUUCGGUCUUGGGCGCGAGGUUGCACGGCUAGUAGAUGAAUACGUAUUCACGCAUUAG